AUGUGCUUUUACGAGAGAACCGACUUCAGCUGCGGAGACUGGAGAUGGGGCAACAUGAAACAACGUUGUCCUCGCCAGCCUCGCAUAGGCGAGACUUGUCCGGCCAGGCUGGUCGACGAGCACAACGUCACACAUUCGGACGAGAUGUGUAAGACAUGCCAGGAUAUCGCCACCAAGAACCGACGACUUCGAAACUGCCGCGAAAACUUGGGCCGCUGGAAGGCCGAGGGUAACAGGUUCCAGGCCAGCAUCGAGAAAGUCAGCCGAGAAGCCCGCCAGCUUGAGGAGAUCAUCCAAGACUUGGAGAGCAAGCGUAUCUCUGUCAAUUUCAGAAAGUCAGAUGUUUGGCGAGAGCCCAAUGGGCGUCCGACGGCGACAGCGCCUGCACACCUGACCACCAGGAGCCGUUAA